AUAAUUUGAAAGGUCAAGGGUUUAUGUUUGUAAACAAAUUGAUGAAAAUUUAAUAUUUUUCAAGAAAAUUAUUUAUUUCAUUAAUUUACAAUGGCCGCCUUACCACCGCGAAGAAAUCCUACACCCACAAAAAUAUCCAAGCAACAUUUAACACCUUUACAAACAUUAUUACAAAUGGGAUUUCCUAAACAUAGAUCAGAAAAGGCAUUGGCAGCAACAGGCCAUAGAGGUGUUCAACUGGCCUCAGAUUGGUUAUUAGCACAUGUAAAUGAUCCAUUACUAGAUGAUUCAUCACCUAGAGAAUAUAUUUUGUAUGCUUGUCCAGUAGGAAAUUUUGCACAACAACUUCAAACGUAUUGGGACAAGUCUUUAGCUCUCUGCGGGUGGAAUGGAGCUCACAAUUUCACCCCACAUAUAACAUUAGUUUCAUUUUUUAAGGCACCAGAUGAGGAUGCAUUGACUCUCGCUCAAGGGUUGAAGUCUGUGAUGGAAAAACAAGGGGCUGUAUUAAAUGAGCCUUUAAAACUGGAGACGUAUACAUCUCCUAAUUUUAUGGGUUUUUUUGUAGUCGAAGAACAUGCUGAUUAUUUAAAGCGAAUAGCAAUGCAAUAUGUUAAAGAGGUUUCAAAUGCUAUUAUCAGUGAUACUUAUGAACACUUCGAUGCAUUGACAGCUUGUUUCCCUUGGUGCACUACUACUACCGCAAGGUGUAUACCUAGAGGAAGCAGAUCCAUAAGUUUAGAGCCACACGUAAAGUCUCUGCAUUUAACCUUAGCCUACCAAUUUCCAAAUUCUCAAUAUUCCAAUUUGAAGUCAUUAAUAGAAGAAUUGGAUCCUGGCGCUUCGGGGGGAUGGGAACUAAGAUUGUAUUCCAGGGAUCCUAGGAUUAAUGGGAAACAAAUUCACAAGGUCGUCCACGCCUACACGCCUAUUGAAUCAGAUGAACUUGACCUUAGAUCCGGUGAUUACGUUUUUGUGAGUUCAGAAGCCGUGGUUAAUUCUCUAGACGGGUGGGUUGAGGGUACGUCUUGGUUGACAGGACAGUCAGGGCUUUUACCGAUAUCAUAUACGGAACGGACUGCGGAAUCUGAUUCUUGGACGCUUCAUAAAAAGAUUUUUCUAAAUAAGUCAACCCCUACUGACGACAAAAAAAUGCCGCCGCAACCAGAAAGUGAAUUAAAAGAACCAUCUGCCUUAAAUUUGGACGUGAUUUUGCCCCAGGUGCCACCCCAAAUUAACGAAAAUGUUGAACUGGACGAUGGAAUUUUAUAUCAAAAUUUGCAAGAAUUGAAAAGGAAAACUGCAGCUGACAAGAAUCCUGAUGAAUCUCAAACGCGUAGAAUUUUUGUGAUGAGACAUGGUGAAAGAAUCGAUUUUACUUUCGGCAGCUGGGUGCCUUAUUGCUUUAAUGAAUCAGGAAAAUUUGAGAGAAAAGAUCUGAACAUGCCAAAAUCCUUACCUCAUAGAAAUGACGCAGCUGAAGCAUAUUUAAGGGAUUCUCCUCUAACUAUGUUGGGAGUAUUUCAAGCUACAUUAGUCGGCGAAUCGUUUAAAGAGAAAAACAUAGAAGUGGAACACGCCUACUGUUCGCCUUCGUACCGUUGCGUCCAAACUUGCGACGCCUUUCUCAACGGUAUGGGAAUGAAGGAUAAAAUAAAAAUCAAAGUGGAACCAGGUUUGUUCGAAUGGAACGUAUGGUACGCGGACGGGGUGCCCGAAUGGAUGACUAUGGACGAACUGAAAAGCAGCGGUUAUAACGUGGACGAAAGUUAUCAGCCGUUCGUCGAUGAGAAAGAUCUGAGACAGGGGAAGGAGAGCUGCGAACAGUUUUUUUUGAGGAGCGCUCUUGUUACAAGGAGUGCCCUUUCCGCCCACCAAUCAGGCAACAUCCUCAUAGUUGGACAUUCGGCAACUUUGGACACAUCUUCUCACAAACUAGUCGGUAACAAAUUAAAAGAUCCCAACGAUUUGAUCAAACUUAUCCAAAAGGUCCCGUAUUGCGGACUAUUAGAAAUGACCAACAAAAACGGCGAUUGGGAGAUCGUCGAACCGCCUACCUUACCCAUGACUCAUUCAAAUAACCAGCGGUUCGAUUGGAAGGCGUUCCUGGAUUAGAUCUCUUUAUAUAAAUAAGUACUUCGAAUACUUGAUAUAAAAGGGGUAUUUUGUCGAAGUAAUAGGAAACUAUUUUCAAGUUUUUUCUUGAACUAAAGUUCAUGAACCGAAUUUAAGUGAGUUCGUCCUUGAACGAAAACCAAAAACAUGCGAAUGUCAUAAGUCCCAAAAUAUAAAUUUUAUAGGGAACUGAAAAAACCGUUUUAUUUGUUGCGUCAUAAUAAUUUAACCCUUUGACGCCGGAAUUAUUUUUUUUU